AUGUCGUCUGUAAAGGUGGCUGUGAGGGUGCGCCCUUUCAAUAGCCGUGAAAUUUGUAACAAUGCUAAAAUGAUUAUUACGAUGACUGGAAAUACCACAACUAUAAUUGGUGGUAGUGGUUCUGAACGAACUCAUAGCUUCAAUUUUGAUUAUUCAUAUUGGUCAUUCAAUAAGGAUGAUAAAUAUUUUGCAAGUCAACAGCAAGUGUAUCAAGAUUUAGGCGUUGAAAUGCUUGAUCAUGCAUUUGAAGGAUACAACGUUUGUAUAUUUGCAUAUGGACAAACAGGUAGUGGUAAAAGUUACACGAUGAUGGGUAAACCUAAUGACGAAGCUGAAAUGGGUAUCAUACCACGCUUAUGUAAUCAUUUAUUUCAAAAAAUUCACGAUAAUUUGGAUUCAAAUCUCAAGUAUUCUGUUGAGGUAUCUUAUAUGGAAAUUUACUGUGAGCGAGUUCGAGAUUUGUUGAAUCCAUCAAGUGGUGGGAAUCUUCGUGUUCGAGAGCAUCCUCUUCUUGGGCCAUAUGUUGAUGAUCUUACCAAAUUAGCAGUGUGCUCUUAUCAAGAUAUCUGUGAUUUAAUGGAUGAAGGUAACAAAGCAAGAACUGUUGCUGCCACAAAUAUGAAUUCAACUUCAAGUCGUUCACAUGCAGUUUUUACAAUUGUACUAACACAGAAAAGGCAUGAUCCGGAUACGGACCUAGAUUGUGAAAAGGUGAGCAAAAUUUCACUGGUGGAUUUAGCCGGAAGUGAACGAGCUACUUCAACAGGCGCAGAAGGUCAACGUCUAAAAGAAGGUGCAAAUAUUAACAAAAGUUUGACAACACUUGGACUCGUGAUUUCAAAAUUAGCAGAAGAAGCAAGUAAGAAAAAAGGUAGAGGCAAAUCAGUAAUACCAUAUCGAGAUUCAGUUCUAACUUGGCUUUUACGUGAAAAUCUUGGUGGUAAUUCUAAAACUGCUAUGAUAGCUGCUUUAUCACCUGCAGAUAUCAAUUUCGAUGAAACAUUAAGUACUCUCAGGUAUGCAGAUCGAGCUAAGCAAAUUGUAUGCCAGGCUAAGGUUAAUGAAGAUCCAAAUGCAAAACUAAUUCGUGAAUUGAAAGAGGAAGUAUUGAAGUUGCGCAGCUUACUUGAAAUGAAGGGCAUUGAUAGUGAUAAUCCACAUAAUGAAAAAGCUGUUUUCUCAGCUCGAGAUCAUGACACAAUUGAACAGCUUAAAGCAUCUGAAAAGCUUAUUGCGGAACUUAAUGAAACUUGGGAGGAAAAAUUACGCAAAACAGAAGAAAUUCGUAAACAGCGUGAGGAUGAACUUCGUGAAAUGGGUUUGGCUACUGGAGCAGAUGGUAGUACUCUCGGAGUUUUCUCCCCUAAAAAAUUACCACAUUUGGUGAAUUUAAAUGAAGAUCCACUUAUGUCGGAAUGUUUGCUUUACUAUCUUAAAGAAGGAAUAACAAGAGUUGGACGACCAGCGGCGUCCCACCGGCCGGAUAUACUUCUUAGUGGUCAGUUGAUUCUCGAUGAACACUGUCGCUUCCUAAACGAAGAUGGAGUUGUACACUUGGUACCUGAGCCUGGUGCUCAAUGUUUUGUUAACGGCAAGCCAGUUACUUCAUCAGAAGUUUUACAUACUGGUUCUCGGGUCAUACUUGGCAAGUAUCAUGUGUUUCGAUAUAAUGAUCCACUUGAGGCUCGUCAAAGUCGUCAGAAUUUAACAAAUUUGAUGCCUAAUGAACCAUUGGAUUGGAAAUAUGCUCAACAAGAAUUACUUGCUAAGCAAGGCAUUGAUCUGAAAGAGGAAAUGGAGAAGAAAAUGCUCGAAUUGGAACUGCAGUAUCGUCGAGAACGUGAAGAAUUAGAAGUGAAAAUGAUAAGGCAGACAAAAGAAUAUGAAAUGCGUAUUGAGACGCUACAAAGACAAGUUGAUCUGGCGCAAAGUAUGAUUUCCUCAACGUGUUCUACGUGGGAUGGCGAACGUUUUCUUACGAGCAGUUUAAUUAAUUUUGUAAAUGAACCAGAAUGUAAGUGGACCGCAGCGGAAGAACGAAUCGCUCGUCGCACAGCGACUAAAUGGCGAUAUCAUCAAUUUACGUCAGUUCGAGAUGACUUGUGGGGAAACGCGAUUUUCCUCAAAGAAGCCAAUGCUAUUUCUGUUGAGCUGAAAAAAAAAGUUCAGUUUCAAUUUGUUUUAUUAACUGACACCAUGUACAGUCCGUUACCACCGGAUUUACUACCAGCUGGUGAAGAUUUAACUAUGAGACCAUAUCCAAAAACUGUUGUUGCAGUGCAAGUGCAGGAUUUAAAAAAUAGUGCAGUGCAUUAUUGGAGCCUCGAAAAAUUAAAAAUGAGAUUGGAAAGUAUGCGGUGUUCUUAUAACGCCGAUCUGAGCGAUUACUCCAUGCACAUCCCAGAUACCCCAGAAGAGAUUCAGUAUCGGUGUUGGCUAGGUGCUAUGCAUCUCAAUCCUGCAAGACUUGUUCCUGACAGGGCUUUUGUGUAUUUGAAUAAUUUGGUACAUAAUGUACCACUAAUACACAAGGUAGUAAUUGUCAAUGAAAAGGCAGAGGUCAAGGGUCAUCUCCGAGUUGCUAUUGAACCUGUUCAUACUGAAGAAAUGAAAAAAUCCUCGGGUGUUCAUCAGUCUGUAAAAUGUCAUUUUCGUAGGGAAGACUUUGUGAAACAAGUUCAGCGCACAAAUACUGCAUUAGAAUCCACAAAUGAACGUUUUGUAGAAGGUAAUAACGCGAAAGACAGCGACACACAGCCAAUUAUAGAACAAACUAAUGAAGAAACAGUACAGUAUCCGGAACAUAUGCCAGCUGAUAAAGAAUACUGUUUUCGUAUAACAGUUAUUGAAGCAGCAGAUAUUUCAGAGGAGUACGGUGAUAAUAUUGAACUAACUAUGUCAUCAACAUUCUUACAUUACGUCAAUCAUUUUCCAAUUAUAUUUGAAAUUUUUGGGCAUUAUAAGCCUGCUGCGCAACAGUUUGUAUAUGAACGUCAAAACAGUUCUCUUGGGCGAAGAUUAUCAACCAAAUUAUCAUUUCAACAGCCAUCGUUAAUGAUCUCAACACCUGUCAAAAGCAAAAAAUCUACUAUAAUCCCAAAUAAUUUGAAUCAAAUUCGAUCAAAAUAUGAUUUACUUAUUUGGUUCGAAAUUUGUGAACUUGGAAGCAAUGGCUUACCAACUCAUGGAAUAUUUUUACUUCAUCAAGGCAUUCAACGACGAUUAAAAAUUACAAUAUGUCAUGAAAGAGGUGAUGAUGUGAAGUGGAAAGAUUGCCAAGAAUUAGUUGUUGGCCGCAUAAGGUCAACACCGGAAUGGAAUGGUGAGGAUGUUGAUGUCCUCUCAUUGGGACUCUUCCCCGGAACAUUUCUAGAAUUCUCGAUGGAUGACAGAGUGUUCUUCCAAUUUGAAGCAGCAUGGGAUAGUUCAUUACAUAAUUCAGCACUUCUCAACAAAGUAUCAAAUUAUGGAGAACAGGUAUACAUGACACUCUCCGCUUAUAUGGAAUUGGAGAACUGCGCUCAACCAGCUGUUAUUACCAAAGAUUUAUGCAUGAUGAUUUAUGCAAGAGACUCGAAAAUCUCAGCCGCUAGCAGGUUUUGUCGAUCACUUAUUGGUGGAAUAAGUAAAAGUCCUGAAAUGAAUCGAGUGCCAGGUGUAUACGAGCUUACUGUCAAGGAAUUCCUCGACAAAGGUAGUCCAGGGACUGCACGAAGACAACGACGUGUGCUAGAUACGUCAUAUGCAUAUGUCCGAGGUGAAGAAAACCUUGGUCUUUGGCGUCCACGUGGUGACUCGUUAAUAUUUGAACAUCAGUGGGAAUUAGAACGCUUAACACGUUUGCAACAGGUCGAACGCGUGAGGUUAUUCCUCCGUCUUCGUAAUAAGUUGAAGCUUGGAAGAAAGAAAUCGGAUAAAGCUGAUGAAAAAAAAGAAAUUUCCACACCUGUGUCUCCUACAACUCCAAAAUAUCCAAUACCAUCAAUUGUAAAAUUAACUGAAAAAGAGAGAAACUUGGCGGAAAAAGUUCUUCGUUUGAUCAAGCAAAAAGUACCAAUAAAUAAAGAACCUCCAACUGGGAAGCCAGUAGAUCAGAACGACAAUAUACCAUCUUCACUUGAAGAAAGUAUUACAAGUCCUACUUCUGAUAACAAUGUUGUAAUAAAACCUUCGGCAUCGCUCGAAUUUUUGAAUAAAAUUAAGUCAAAAUCAAAUCAGAAUUUGAUGCUUAGUGUAGAAAGCAACGAAACAGACAGUGGCUUGCAAAGAUCGAUGAGUGGAAGUCGAAUUUCACAGAUGUCUUUAUUAAUUCCUGAAGUAACAGAAGAACGCGUAGGUAUUGUGGUCUCCAGAAAAGGGUAUAUGAAUUUCCUUGAAGAAAAAACACAAGGUUGGGUAAAACGUUGGGUAGUUGUUAGGAGACCAUAUAUUUUAUUGUUCCGCGAUGACAAAGAUAUGGUAAUACGUGGAAUCAUAAAUCUAGCGAAUGCUCGAGUGGAAUACUCAGAAGAUCAACAAGCAAUGCUUAAGGUUCCCAAUACCUUCUCGGUUUGUACCAAUCAUCGUGGUUUUCUUAUGCAAACUGUCGAUGAACAAAAAAAUUAA